GACGUCUCCCGCCGCCCCGGGAUGGGAAACUGGCGUCGCAGCUGGCUGGAGAUGGGCAGCGGCCGGUGGAGCGGGCCGUGGCCGGGGAAGGGGCAUGCGGACCGGGUGGCGGUGACCCCCACUGCCGCCCCGGCUUCCUGCCAGUACAGGUGCAUCGAGUGCAACCGGGAGGCCAAGGAGUUGUACCGAGACUAUAACCACGGGGUGCUGAAGAUCACCAUCUGCAAAUCCUGCCAGAAACCUGUAGACAAAUAUAUUGAGUAUGAUCCUGUUAUCAUCUUGAUUAAUGCUAUUUUGUGCAAAGCCCAGGCUUACAGACAUAUUAUUUUCAAUACUGAGAUAAAUAUCCAUGGAAAACUCUGCAUAUUUUGUUUGCUUUGUGAAGCGUAUCUGAGGUGGUGGCAGCUUCAAGAUUCCAACCAGAACACUGACCCUGACGACUUGAUCAGAUAUGCUAAGGAGUGGGAUUUCUAUCGAAUGUUUGCCAUUGCUUCUUUGGAACAAGCUGCCUUUUUUGUUGGCAUUUUUACUUUUCUGGGGGUAGAACGGCCCAUGACGACGAAAAAAAGGCUCAACUUCAAUUUGCUGUUGAAAGCAUUAUUGUUAUCUAGCUAUGGAAAACUGCUGCUGAUUCCAGCUGUCAUCUGGGAACACGAUUACACCCCUCUGUGCCUCAAACUCAUUAAAAUAUUUGUCCUUACAUCGAAUUUUCAGGCAACUAGAGUGACCCUAAACAUCAACCGAAAGCUCUCCUUGUUGGCCAUCUUGAGCGGCUCGCUCCUAGAAAGCACCGCGGUCUACUUCUUCCAGAGGAUGGAGUGGGGCACUGGAAGUAACUGUGCCAUUCAUAAAUCCCAGGACUUCUGAAGAGUUUUAUUCUGCUCUACUAUCUGUGGCAUCAUUAGCUAUAUCUGAAAAACAAGACCUGAGAGAUAAGCCGAGCUCCUCAUUCUGAUGAGUAAAAUGAAACAAAGCUUUGGAAACCCUCCUUGAGCAAAGACAGCCAUGAUGGUAGCUGUGGACGCCUACCCCACUACCCACAAAACAGCCACUUCCACAGAUACAGACACACAAAGAAGCACUCACGCAGACAAGGAGUGUUUCCACGGGGACUGUGUGUGCAGUGGGUGAAGAUAUAUGUGUUAUAGACAGCUGCAGGUAAGGACGCAUAAUUCACAUGUAAUAAAAGAUCCAGGCUUCAUUCCUUUGACGUGUCUGUAUGUUUUGAAUUUAAAAUGUUGUUACUGGCUUACAUUUUUGUGUCCUCUUAAAACAGCGGAAACACUUUUUUCUUAAUAAAGUAUUUCAGAAUAAA